GCACAGGUUAUUUAACAUUGUGCAAAAAACUGUGCCAAAUACUCACUGAAAACCUCCGACGAGAGGUCGACAGCCGGUUCUUUAGUCCACAUCAUCCACUUCAUUUCGACACCGUGCUCCAUCCACAGCCAAUAGCUCCUUGGACAAAACUGUUAGCGGGAAACCUAACGGUCUCACGUUCUCCGGCUGCUGGUGUAGCCAGUUACGUGUUUCCGAGUCGAGCUGAUCUGUUAGCUGCUGAAGCACGUGAAGGUGUUAUCGCUCUACUGACCAAAUAUCCCAUAUUUCGCGGGAAACUGCCUUCCUAUUUUUUCAAUCAGACACUUCAGGGGCCUCAUUUUAGGAGGCAAAUCUGGCGGCUAAUUCUUGCCAAUGAAAGAGUUCGGCUACUUUACGUAGACUUACUCAGAAAUGAUGUUGACAAAACCAAGUCCACACGUGAUGAAGCUAUAUCUAGAAUGUGCCAAGAAUUCAUCAAUAGUGAUCCAACAAUGGCUUCGCUGCGAGGUUCAGCUGGCUGCCUAUACGCGAUGAAAAGUGUUUUGUCCUUCUUCCAUAUUGCUUGCAACGCAGCGGAAGACGUGAGCAUAGCACACGUGCGAAUGGCUGCAGCAUUUGUUCUGGCGAUGAGGGAUUUCCUACCAAGGAAGAUUGCAUUGACCAGCGCAAGUGAGUUUGCUUGUAAUGGCUUUUAUACUUCACUACCAACUCAUUGUUUGAUCGCCUGUGGCCCUCUUCCACCCUUCACGUGGUUGUGCGAAAAGAGCCCUUUGAGGAAGUCGGUCGACUGGCGUACGCAGCACGUGGCCAAUCCAGCGCCAUCUAUGCAAACCCAACCACCAGAAUUGGAAGAUAUCACCGUCCUGAUUGAGGAGUUUUUCAGUCUGGUCUCACAGAUGCCAAGCUACUUGACUCAUCAGCCGGCAACAUGGUUCCGAAAAUUCCGGCCUCGUCCAAAGCACCUGCAUCACAAUUCCAAUAUGGCUACAGUAGCGGAAGUUGAUUGGAAGGUUGGACGAAAAAUGUUUGGUGUCCUGCUUCUACAAAAUUUACGUAAAAUUGAUGCAAAGAUGGCUUCAGAGGUUGUAAAUGAGAUUGUGGUCGUAAGAGGGAUUGUUCUUGUCGAGGACAUGGGUCGCCAAGACCACCUUUGUUCGGAAGUCAUCUACGAGCUUGUCGAGCCACUUGUGGAGUCACUGUUUAGUGGCUUCCUUGAUCCGGAUGUCCUGCUCUUCGUGUGGGAUCAAAUUGUGCUAUGUCUGGUCGGUAGUGCUCCCGUGGAGCAAUCGCUGACGCAAGUGCUGUGCAGUGUGAUGUCAAUCCUGUUCUAUUUGGCAUGGCUUCGUGCUCCAAACGAAGGGCUGUUCAGGCUAGUGCCACAGGCGACACACCGAACUAUUUGGACUAGUACCGAGCCUGUACCGGACUGUCGGUUCUUGGACGAAGAAAACCUCACAGGGACAGACGAUAUACCGACAAAAUCCUUUAUCAGGCGAGUUCGUGAGGUGGCAAGGAAGCUGCACGUUGAUGACAUCAAAUUUAUGGUAAAGAGGCACUUUUUCACUGAAGUGUUUUCUCAUUUGUCCGGCUUUGCAAGAGAUGCCAGUGGAUUCCACGCCGAUUCACAAGGGGAGCACUGGACUCGAGUUUCGCUGUUAUUAGAGCUCAUCAGCAGUGCAUAUCCAAUGGCCGUGCCAGGAUUUGAACCCCGGACUUCUGACAUGCGAGGCGAGCAUGUCCAACGCACGUUAUCACGUCUGGACAGGCGAACGUGUUGUCACUUGAGCUAUGUGACUGCAACUUGGAGUGAGUGGAUUGGGAUGCUUGAAAAACCCGAACGUUCCUUGUUGGAGCACCGUGAAGAUCAGCGAUUACUUCGUUUUAAGGAGCUGGAGCGCGUCAAACAGACUGAAAGAGAUUUGAGAAAAACCAUGGAAUCAUUAAAACUGUGUCAACAACAAUUAAAGGAAGCCAGAGACGAUGCUGAGGAAGCGCGGCGGCAGGCAAGGAAAUCCAAGCUCAGACAAGAGCAGCUCGAAGAGGAGUCCCAGGCCUGGGAAGCCAUCGUACAAAGUCUUGAGAAGAAACUGGCAAAUGCCAAUAGUCAACUGCAGUCGCACGUGGAGGCCGCACGGAGUACAAAACUGGCAACGUUCUCUUGUUAUGAAGAUAAAAAAGAUUCAGUAGAUUGUU